CUUGGGUUGGUCAGCCUGUUUUUUUCCGUCGUUGUCCAUCACAUGGGGUUUUGUGGCGAGUGCGGCGCCAAGGACGAAGGCGGCAAGUUCUGUCCCGAAUGCGGUGCUCUGUCCAGCGGCAACGCAGGUCUCUUUGGCGACGCCUCGACGGCGCUGUUCCCCUCGGCUCCUGUACCACCGCCUGCCGCGAGCUCGGUGCGUGUCGAUGCCGAGAGGAAGGCGACGGCCGCUCGCGAAAUGGCCGAGCAGGCGCGGCAAGAUGCUGCCAAGGCCGCCGUGUUCUUUGAGGAAACCGAAAAUCGUCGGCUCGAGGACGCAUUCCGUCUGGAGGAGCAGCAACGCCUCAUCCAUGCCGCCAACCAGCGCGAAGAUAUCAUGGCGCGGCAGCGAGAUGCCCACGCGAAACGAGAAGCUGCCGAGCGGCAAGCCGAGGAGGCGCGGCAACGUGCCAUCAAGCUUCGCGAAGACGCCGCCGCGGCCACUCGCCUCAUGGAGGAGCAGAACCGGCGUCGCGAAGAAGAGCACGCACGGCAGUUGGAACACCAACGACAGGUCGAGAUGGAACGUCUUCGAGCGUCACAUCUCGCCGAAGCCGACCGAGCCCGCAAGGCCCGCGAAGAUGCCGAGGCCAAGGCUGCGGAAGCCAAGGCAGCCGCGGAAGCGUUGCGUCAAAAGGCGAUGGCGGCCGCGGCAGCCUUGGAGGACCAACGUCGUGCGCAGCAGCAACGGGCUCUGGAGCGAGAGGAGUCCCGUCGGUUGCGGGACGAGCAGCGGGAACGCGACGCGCAGGCCGCCCGGGCCACGGAGGCGCGGGCCCAGCGGGAGGCGGCCGAGCGGCAUGCCGACGCUGCGAGGGCCAAGGCCGAGCUCCUUCGGGCAGAAGCGGUUGCCGCUGAAGCGAACCGUCUGCAAAAGCAGUCGAGUUUGUGGCACUUGCAGCAACAACAACAAGCCGUCCCGAUGGUCAGCAGCUUUCAAGAGCUCAGUGUCCAAGACACCUCAGCAGCAUGUUCGCAGUGUCUGGCGCCGUGCAAAGCAUCGCAAAAGUUCUGUCCGAAAUGUGGCUUCAAGCGCGUCGAGGCUGUCAUCGCUUCUGCCCCUGCGCAGCAGCAACGAGUGGCCGAUACAUCCUGCACCACUUGCCAUGCUGCCCUCAAAUCGACCCAAAAAUUCUGCCCCAAGUGUGGGACGCCUUCGGCAAUAACUAGCGCGCCAAUUCCCCCAGUUAAAACCCUUCCAGUUGCUUCUAUCGUAGCAACGCCGCCAACUACUUGCCCGUCGUGCUAUACGACCUUGAACGGCCCCCAUAAGAAGUUUUGCCCCAAGUGCGGCGCGCCGGUUGCUUCUGCCGUGCCCCCCGUCGCCCCAUCCUCAUCUUCGUCUUUUGCUGGGGCGAUCCCCCUCGUAUCGUCGACAUCGUCGUCCUUCUCGGGGGGAAGUGGGCUGCCUUGCCCCGCGUGCCGCUUUCAGUGCAAACCAAACGCAAAGUUUUGUCCUGGCUGUGGCUCAAAGUUUGGCUCGCAGCCCACUGCAGACCAAAUCGCGACAAUGGAAGCCGACGACAACGAAGUCCGCCGCAAUAUGGCCACUGCCCAAGCCAGACUCGAUGCUCAGAAACUUUCCGAGCAACAAAGUCGAUCGUUCGCGUCGUCGUUAGCGGCCCAAGCGCAAGCUGCAUCGGCUUCUCGCCAGCCGGCUCCCCCGACUUCCUCGAACUAUGCGUUGUUUUAACGUGAAUAAACGUGUGGUGGGCAAAGGCCGCCAUGCUGCACACAUGAACACAAACACUUUAGUUGGAGUCACGCACCCUAAUAUUGAAUAAACGUGUGGUGGUCAAAUGCCGCCAUGUUGAAAUA